AGGAGGUUGAUUUCUAACUCGCCUGGUGUUCGUCAGAUAAGGGGAGGAGUCUCACUGACAAGAAACUGGCUCUACUGAGUUUGGCUGCUCCCUAAAAUAGCAGUUGUGUGUAAAUGUGACUGAAAUUACGUUAAUGUUCCACGCACACGGUAUCCAUUGGAGGCUCUGAUAUAGAGUAUCUAUAUACAGCGAGGGACUUGAGAGACAAGGACAUUUUUCCCAAGGAGGAGAAAUCUGCAGGAAGCUUAACGCGAGUGAGGGAAGCAUUGAAGGCUAAAAGAAGAGACAGACAGACAGACAGACAGACAGACAGACAGACAGACAGACAGGAGCUGGAUAUUCUUGGUCCGAUAAAGAGGUUAUCACUACUUUGAUAGUUGGAUUGUGGUGUGGUCACGAAAACAACAGUCAGAGAGAGAGAAGAGAGAGUGUUGUACAAUGUGCUAGGAGAUAAGGAAGAAGACGAGCUCGGUAGUUUUUCUGAUAUUCUUGAGGUGUCAGAGAGACCGAACAGAACGCAGAGAUGGGACGGAAGAAGAUACAGAUCACCAGGAUCAUGGAUGAGAGGAACAGGCAGGUUACCUUCACGAAGAGGAAGUUUGGGCUAAUGAAGAAGGCCUAUGAGCUCAGCGUUCUAUGUGACUGUGAGAUAGCCCUGAUCAUAUUCAACAGCUCAAACAAACUGUUUCAGUAUGCGAGCACAGACAUGGACAAGGUCCUGCUCAAAUACACUGAGUACAACGAGCCCCACGAGAGCAGAACCAACUCUGACAUUGUCGAGAAAUUAAGAAACAAAGGCCAUAAUGACCUGUGUGCCAGUCCUGAUCCAGAUGACUGUUUUGGGCACAGCCCCCUCAUGGACGACCGUUUCGGCAAACUAAGCGAAGAGAGUGAUUUAAUGUACAAGCGCUGUGGUGCGCUAAACAAGAAAGAACACAGAGGCUGUGAUAGCCCGGACCCUGAUGCCUCAUAUGUCCUCACCCCUCACACAGAAGAAAAGUAUAAAAAAAUUAAUGAGGAGUUUGAUAAUAUGAUGAGAAAUCAUAAAAUCCCCACAGCGCUGCCCCAGCAGAACUUCUCCAUGCAUGUGGCAGUGCCAGUCUCCAACCAGAACACCAUGUCCUACAACCCAGGAGGCUCCAUGAGCAGCCAGGCCCAGGCCGCAGCCUCUCUGAGCGACAGUGGGAUGCUCUCUCCCGCUCAGGCCUCCUUACACAGGAAUGUGGGCUCCAGUGGGGGCCAGCAGAGGCCACCUAGUCAAGGCAAUGCAGGGAACGGCUUUGUCAACCCUAGGGGCUCUCCGGGACUCCUGGGCGCAACCAGCGGGAACGGCCUGGGGAAAGUCAUGCCCACCAAGUCUCCACCGCCCCCUGGAGGGAACAUGGGGAUGGGCAACCGCAAGCCAGACCUGAGAGUGCUGAUCCCCCCGUCCAGCAAAGGCAUGAUGCCCCCACUGAACACCCACAGGAUAAGCAGCUCCCAGUCCCAGCUACUCGCCACCCCAGUAGUGUCUGUCACCACCCCCAGUCUGCCCCCCCAAGGCCUGGUCUACUCAGGCAUGCCCACCGGCUACAACACCGAGUACUCCCUGAGCAGUGCAGAGAUCUCCUCCCUACAGGGCUUCGGCUCUCCAGGGCUCUCUUUGGGCUCCAUGUCGGCAUGGCAACAACAUCAACUGGGCCAGGCAGCUCUCAGCUCUUUGGUGGGUGGUGGUCACCUACCUCAGGGCUCCAACCUCUCUAUCAACACCAGCCAGAACAUCAACAUCAAGUCAGAGCCCAUCUCCCCACCGCGGGAGCGCGUCACCUCCUCUGGCUUCCCCCAGCAGCAACAGCAACAGCAGCAGCAGCAGCAGCAGCAGGCGUCCAGCCGGCAGGACCUGGGCCGCUCGCCUGUGGACAGCCUCAGCUCCUCCUGCAGCUCGUACGAUGGCAGCGACCGCGAAGACCACCGGCCGGACUUCCACUCCUCAUCCAUGGGGCUGGGCAGACCCCCAGCCGGAACCGAGGACAACAGGGAGAGCCCCUCUGUCAAGCGCAUGCGCAUGGACACCUGGGUGACAUAGAGUCACUCUGUCAGGCCUCCAGUCACCAGCUAGUCAGAUGGAGGGAGGGAAGGGGUAGACUUGGGGGAGAGAUGGAUGGGGUAGGAAAGGUCCUUAUAGUUAUCAUGAUAAUAUUAUUAUUUAACUCCAUUUCAUUUUGUAAGAAGGAGAAUGGCAAAUACAUUAAAUACGUCUCACAUUAAUAAGAAAAACAAUCAAGUAGUUGGACUGAAUUAUGUACACAAACAGAUGUUAUCAGGUACUGGGUGCGAAUUAGAUGUUUGCAGGAGUCUGAUGUUCAAAGAAAAAAAAAGAAGAAAAAAAGGAAUCUAGAUUAUUGUAGUCACUGGUCUAGUCUGGCACUUGUAGUUGCUGUUUUUGCUGUUGUGGUUGCAAGUUACAAACAAUCCAAAAAGUCAAGAGUGUUGCCUGCUGGCUGAGGGCCCCUGCUUGUGGCGUCCACUGUUAGAACUCAUGUUUCCCUACAUGGUGUAACCUCAUAUGACUUUAAUCUCAUACAACUUUGUCUCAAUUUGUCUCUUCUAUUAACUUAUUAAAUCAGUAGAUGUGGAAUCAAAUUUUAAAACAAUUUCGACCUCAGAGACUAAAAGAGUUGUAUUUCAUUUGAAAGAGGUUUCCCUUGUGUGGUUUUAGACAGGAAAAGCUAUCCUGUAUGGGAAGGACAUGGCUCAGAGUCAUGUGUUUAGUUCUAAAAUAAAUAGGAAAAAGUAUAUUGCAAUAAUAACAUUAAUUUUAUAAUCUGAUAUAUGGGACAUUAACAUUAUGGGAAAUUGUCCAGUUGAACUGGUAACAUGGUAAUAGCAAGGCAUCUUCUCAUUGCUCCAACAAUUCAUUGGUAAUGUAAGCCAAAGCUGUACUGUACGUUUCAUUCUGUUAUUUGUAGCUAUGUUUUCCUAGCAAUUCUCUCAAACAAUUGUUCAUUUUAGUUUAGUUUUUACUGUGCUUUGUUACAAAUAUUAUAAAGACAUGCAAGCCAGAUCUUGAAUCAAUAUCUCAAGCCAUGAACACUUGCUGUUCUGUUUGUUAAAUUAAACAUUUGAGCCAAACACUUUCUUUUGUUAUGUAAAUAGCAACUUUAAUAUAUAUAUAUAUCACCUUGGUGUAAGUACGUAUGUAUUGUACCAUCACCAGAUUCAAGAAAAAGGUAUAUUUUUGUGGAUUACUGCCAUGUUUACAGGGCGAGAUCCUUAUUAAGUAGAUUAUUCACUGGUUAAUAUUUACUAUUUUGUUAAUUAUACUGUACUUUCUUCAAAAUUGAAUUAGUACCAUUAUAGUCAGUGAUUUUCUUUCCAGAGAGUAGUUUUUGGGUUGUUUUCCCUUUUAGUGGUGAAUGUCUGUCCUUAAGAAAUUGUAAUAACAGUGAUGUAAGGUUAAAGUUCCACUAUAUCUUAUGUUGUGAAGGAUAAUCUCAACGCUGAGGAAAAUAUGGUUUAGGGUUAAGCUAUUUACCUGUAGCUGCUGAAUACACUGCCAACUUUCAAACCCAAGGUCCCAUCUCAGCAUUGAAAAACCAUCCAUUGUGAUUGUGCUUUGCUCGAUUGAAAGACAUGCCAUUUCAUGAACCAUGCCAAUAAACCUAUUUGGGUCGCUCCACGAAAA